AUGUCUGUUAUUAAAAUAUUUGAUCGAGAAUUGGGUUUUGCCAUGGUUGAUAAUCUACCUCCUAUGAGUGGUGUGAAAUUUGUGGAAAAAAGAGAAGGUGCUGGUGCACACAAUUGGGGCAUGGUAAAGGAUGAAAUGGAAGUUCAGUGGAAUCCACCAAGUGAUGAAAAUCCAGAAUUAGGUGAACGGAGUGGAGAUGAAUCAUUGCCAGUUGAAAACAAUGAAACCAAAGAGAAUGAACCAACUACUAUAGAAGAAAAUCCAGAAUCUGUUGAAGAAGGCCCAAAGGAAAUGACUUUGGAUGAAUGGAAGAGAGAACAAGAAAGUAAGCGAUCUGUCCCAAAAUUCAAUUUAAGAAAACCAGGAGAAGGAGAAGAUACUACACAAUGGAAAAAAUUAUACGUUUUGAAAAAGAAAGCCAAAGAAGAUGACGAUGAUGAAGAAGAGGACGAUGAUGAUAUUGAAUUGAUGAGCAUUCGAAGAUGUGGGCAUUCAGAUUGCUUCUUCUUUAUGGAGUUGGGUCGUUCAUCAGUAACAGGAGCAGGUGAAUUAUGGAUGCAAACUGAAGAUACUAUAAUUGCACAGAAUAUGCAUGAAGCUAUAUUAGGAGAGAAUGAACCAACUACUAUAGAAGAAAAUCCAGAAUCUGUUGAAGAAGGCCCAAAGGAAAUGACUUUGGAUGAAUGGAAGAGAGAACAAGAAAGUAAGCGAUCUGUCCCAAAAUUCAAUUUAAGAAAACCAGGAGAAGGAGAAGAUACUACACAAUGGAAAAAAUUAUACGUUUUGAAAAAGAAAGCCAAAGAAGAUGACGAUGAUGAAGAAGAGGACGAUGAUGAUAUUGAAAUGCAAAAUAAUCAUUGA